GACAGAGAAAGAGCUGAGAGAGAUAAUGGAGAAAAUCUGUGUAGCAGUAAGAGUAAGACCCGCGGUGGAUGACGAAGGCUCUAAUGGAAGUGGAACAUUCUGGAAGGUUGAAGAUAAUCGCAUUUCACUUCACCGAGCUCUAGGCACCCCAAUCUCUGGACUUUCCUACGCUUUUGAUCAUGUGUUCGAUGGGGGCUGCACGAAUUCUACGGUUUAUGAGCUUUUGACUAAGGACAUUAUUCACGCUGCUGUCGAGGGUUUUAAUGGAACUGCAUUUGCAUAUGGACAGACUAGUAGUGGCAAAACGUAUACGAUGAAUGGUUCUGAAGAUGAUCCUGGAAUUAUCCACCGAGCUGUCAAAGAUAUAUUCGUGAAGAUCAGGAUGACAACUGAUAGAGAGUUUCUGAUACGAGUUUCAUACAUGGAAAUCUAUAAUGAGGACAUUAAUGACCUGUUUGCUGUGGAGAAUCAGAAACUGCAAAUUCAUGAGAGUUUAGAGCGUGGUGUUUUUGUUGCGGGCCUUAGGGAGGAAAUUGUAAAUAGCGCUGAGCAAGUGCUCGAGCUUAUACAGCAUGGAGAAGUAAAUAGGCACUUUGGUGAGACCAAUAUGAACGUCCGAAGUAGUAGAUCUCACACUAUCUUCAGAAUGGUAAUUGAAAGCAAAAGAAAGGACACAGGUUCUGGUGAUAAUUCAAGCUCUGAUGAUGCCAUCCGUGUCUCUGUCUUGAAUUUAGUGGAUUUAGCUGGCUCUGAGAGAAUAGCUAAAACAGGAGCUGGUGGAGUUCGUUUAAAGGAAGGAAAGCACAUAAACAAGAGCUUAAUGGUUCUUGGUAAUGUGAUCAACAAAUUAAGUGAAGGUGGAAAGCAAAGGGGACACAUUCCUUAUCGUGAUAGUAAGCUCACACGCAUACUUCAACCUGCACUUGGUGGAAAUGCUAAAACUUCAAUUAUUUGUACUGUUGCACCAGAAGAGAUUCAUAUUGAGGAAACAAAGGGAACACUUCAGUUUGCCAGUAGAGCUAAACGCAUUACCAACUGUGUUCAAGUAAAUGAGAUAUUGACAGAUGCAGCAUUAUUGAAGAGACAAAAGAUUGAGAUAGAAGAACUACGCAUGAAACUUCAGGGAUCUCGGGCUGAGGUGCUGGAGCAAGAGAUUUUGAAACUGCGGAAUGACAUGUUGAAGUAUGAGUUAGAGCACGAGAAGCUUGCCAUGGAAUUGGAAGAGGAGAGAAGAACGCAUAAAGAACGGGAACAAUGUAUCCGGGAUCAACAGAUGAAAAUUGAUAAUCUUAGCAGUCUUGUAACAUUCUCAGGUCCUGACCAGGAAUGUUUCAGAGCAAGUCUGAAGGAGGAAAGUAGUGACAGCAAUAGCAUGUGCAAAGAGGAUGCUUUUAGUACACCAUGCUUUAAGGCAAUUCCCAAUGCCUUUGUUGCUAGGCGGUCACAUUACUCUAACCAACCUGAGUGCAGCCCUCUUCCAGAUACACUCAUUGAUUUUGCUGAUGAAGACACAUGGAUGAGAAUGAACAAAGGCUAUAUUGCUGAUCUUGAUGCAGUUCAAAUGACUCCUGCAAGAAAAGUUCUGUCAUUUCCACCGGGAAAUGAUACAUCUUCGGAGGAUUUCAAGCAACAGAUCCAGAAUCUCCAAAGACAACUUACCCUUGUUUCAGAAGAAAGAGAAACACUAAAGAGACAGCGUGCAGAACAAGUAUCAUUGAACUACCAGUUAACAAGAGAAUUAUGCGGAUUACAGAAUGAAGUGUUGGAAAUACAGGAGAUUCCUCAAAGGUUGUGUGAAUCUGUUAUAAAUUGCAAAGAUGUAUAUAAGGAUGUUUUAUCUGUUUUACAGACUUUUGUUGCUGAUGAGAAAUCUCCUACUGCAAAGUUACUCUCUAGCACAAGAGACAUCGGUAUUUGUCUUUUUUCAACUUUGGAGUCUCACUUUUCAAUGACUGCAGAUGGUAAUAGACUCUCCACGGCUGAUAAUUCUUUACUCCAAGAGCAAUGCAACCUCCUUUGUGAGAGAUUGCUUAGCACAAUCUCAUCCCUGGUUCUAUAUGAUGCACCAAUUCUCAAGCAAGAGAACAGCAGAAGUCCACCAUACAACUGCAAAUAUAAGGGCUUGGGAGAAGAAAUUGCUUCUUGGAAAAGGAUACAGGAUAAUGAAGUUGAAGCAAUUAAGCAAAAGUACAUGGACUUGAAGAAAGAGUUGAACACUAGUAACCAGCAUCUUGAGGUUUCUAAAGAUAGGUAUCAGAUCCUUGAGAGAGAGUUCCAUCUUUUGAAAGGAGAGAAAGAUGCUUUGCUAGUAAGCGUCUCCAACUCAUCUCAAACUCUUGCACUGGUUACUGACCAAAAAGAGAAGGCUUUGCAGGAUUUGAGAAUUGAAGCACAGAGGAGGAAAGAUCUUGAAGAACAGAUCAAAAAGUUUAAUACAGCUUUUUCCUAUCGGCAGAAAUCGCUUGUGUCUUUCCAAAGUGACUUCAAAUCUAUCAUUGAUAACUUGAAGGCACAGAAUCCAGUUUCAUUAUCCAAAGCUCAUGGAUCUUGAAUUUUGUUCCACCAUGUUAAAAUAGACUUUUCAGCCAGACAACGUACUGAAGCUUAAUUGUGUAUUCAACUAUUUAAUCUUGUCUAGCCUGCAUCACAAAACUUGUUUGUCUUAAUGAGAAAAGUCGACUUAGGGUGUAUAAAUAUAUUUUAGGCCAGUUCCAGGUACUGCACUAAAAUUCAUUA